AAGUUAUUAUAUAACUCAUGAAGGUUUAUCAAAAAUAUUGAAUCUGUGUGUUGACUCGGUGCACAGAUCAUCCUUUCCACAUGGGUGCGCGCAGUGUAAACUCUCUCCAGCGUCACUUGGACAAGCGCUCAUCCUCCCGACAACAACAUCCUGCUCUUCUCCAUGUGCGUCCUGAUGUGGAGGUGAUUUUUUUCUCCUUUUUUUUUUUUUUUUUUUUUGGUUUGUUCUCGGGCUGCUGCACAGCUGCUGCUUCUUUAAGAGCCACCGCCCGCCCCCUCUCCUGUAUUUUUAGCUGAGCCAGCCACUUCAUUUGCUGGAUAAGACAGACAGUUGUGUACCGCCGUAUGAUCCCACUUAAUCGUUUUUUGUUUUUUUUUUUUUUUCAAAUAAAUGACACCGAAUCGCACACUGCGGAUCCGCCGCGGGCCUACAGCCAGCUGUUCCCGGGAAACCUCGCGCGCCGGGCAGACGUUUUUGUCCCGCCGCCGCUGUCGGAUGCUGAAACGCGCAGUCACCCGGUGGAUGGAUGCUGGAUGUCCGUUAUGAAACGCGGUGCUGCACCGGGAGCCGAGCAUGAGGCGCAGCGCUCCUCACCUCGGAUGAAUUACCAGCAGUUCAUUUAGCUGCAAAAAAAAAAAAAAAAAAAAAAAAAAAAAAUCAUAAUAAUAACAAUACAAUCUUCCUGCGGUUCAAAGUGCUCCAGCAUCUUCCUCCUCUUCCUCUUCUCCUGGACUGUGGAUAAUAAAAAGGCUUCAAGACGGAGGGGGUGGUGGAGCAUCGAGGAAAAAACAGGGGCAACAUGAGAGAGCGGGACUUCAUGCCCAAUAUGGAGAGGGGCAAACCUGCCACUUACACGGGGGACAAAAAGGCAAAGAUGGCUGCUAAGACUAACAAGAAGUGGGUGAGACUAGCCACUGUUUUUGCAUAUGUGUUGUCCGUGUCCUUAGCAGCCAUUAUCCUGGCAAUUUACUACAGCCUGAUCUGGAAGCCGACCAGUGCGUCCUCCUCUGCUGGGAAGCCGGGGGUGCCGGAGGAGGUCACCCCCGCCAACAACAUCUCAACCAACAUCUCCGGCGGCAGCAACGUGACGGAGUGGAACUCUACGCAAAGCAGGCUGCUGUCGUUCAACCACAGCAGGCAGGGCUCGGCGACCUUUCGGUGGGAGGACACCGCCGAGAGCGUGGCCGCGUCCCCCGGAGGAGCGGACAUUGCGCAUGAGGAGCGACUCUACGCGUCCUCUCACGGUCACACGGGCAGAACGGGGACGCGCGCGUCUCCAGCCCAGGGGGACGGCCGCUUCACCCCGUCCGCGUCCGAGGAGGAGAGGGGGGCGACCGACAGACCCGGCAGACCCGACAGACCCGACAGACCCGGGCCCGAGCAGGAUCCAGAGGAUGCCACCGCUCUGCCUCCGACCUAAACCCCCCCACGCCCCCGACAGGAGGCUGAUCGGGCCUCAUCCCCGUGCCCACCACCCCUUCCUCCCCCAUCCUCAUCCUCACAGACCCAAAAAGGAGUGUUUCACAGACUCAGUGCCGCAGGUCGGAUAACACACACUCUUCUUCUUCUUCUUCUUCAACAAGCAGAGCCCCCUAUGGAUGCUGAACUGCACAUAACUGAUACCUUGCUUUAAUGGAAAAGAGGAGAGAGAUUUUCCUCAGUCAACACUGUUUCCCCUUAACUAUGCGUUCUUUAUUUUGUUUUUGUUUUAGGCCAUCUGUUAUGCCUUAAAUCAGUGUGUGUCUACCUUACCUCGGACAGCCGUUGAGGCCACUCGCCCGCCUGUAUGCGUGGACAACACUGGUAGAGAUAUUUUGUUAAAUGAAUAGGACACAAGCUCCAGAGAUGCUUCUGUUUCUGCGGGACGUGAAGGUGUCCCACAGACAUACAGCGCUUAACAUCACUGCCACUCAUCAGCCGGUUUAAAUCAAUACAGCAUUACUGCAUUUUAACAUAUAGGCUGUGUUUUGUUUUGUUUUGUUUUGUUUUUUUAUGGAUCAAACCCUGGAUUUCCAGUAGAAGAAACCUGCAUUAUUGAUUUAUGCUCAGGUAUGUGCAUAUAACCAUGUAAAUGUAUUGUGUAUUUGGUUAUGUACAUAUAGGUCAGGCAUACAUCUUUUGGCCUCGAUUAACUUUUAGCGUAAUUAGAUGAUUUUUAUUAAAGGUAUAGUAGGUAUCAUAGGUAUAACUAUAUCACAAGGUACAAAUAAACAUCCUUAGAAAAUGA